AUGCUGAUACUAGUUGCAAUUCUUCUUCUAAUUCGGCCAGUUGUAGCUUUGGACGAUUUCGAUGAUGUAGUACCUCGUAUUGGUGCAUCGUAUGGUACUGUCAUGGUGAGCACCAUCGAUGGUCAACUAAGCGCUUUAAACCCAGGAACAGGAGAUACGAGAUGGACUUUACAAGGAGAUCCCGUACUGCAAGCUCCAACAACUGUCAAGCAGGGAUUUACCUUCCUUCCAAAUCCACAAGACGGAUCGCUCUACACCCUGAAGGAAGGCAUUCUUAAAAGACUGCCGUUGAACAUACCAGCUUUGGUCCAUGCUUCUCCUUUGAAAAGCACUGACGGAGUCUUGUACGCAGGUAGCAAGAGAGACGUAUGGCUGGAGAUUGAUCCUUUAACUGGAGCCAAGGUGGAAACAUUGUCGGCAUCAAGUGACAAAGUUUGUCCUGUAAAGCAUCACAAUGGCGUAUUUGUCGGACGAACUGAAUACCGGAUAAGUAUGUUUGACACGAAAAAUCGCGCUAAAACAUGGAACACUACCUACUCGGACUAUACCGCUCACCUUUUACCAGCAAACAACGACUACCCUUACCGCCAUUACGUAUCUCAUGGAAACAUUGUUACUGUUGGAUCUGGAGGUAGUAUUAAACUCUUUCUUUGUUUGUAUUCUUGUCUUUUUUUCUUCUAA